AUGGAGCAGUAUUCCUCCUCCAGCGCGACCACGUCCUCCUCCUCGCCGUCGCCGUCCUCGCAGCGCGGCGCCGGCGCCAGGGAGCUGCAGGGCCCGCGCCCGGCGCCGCUCAGGGUCCGCACGGACUCCCACAAGAUCAGGAAGCCGCCGCCGCUGCCGACGCAGCAGCAGCAGGUGCGGGAGCCGGUCAUCAUCUACGCGGUGUCGCCCAAGGUCGUGCACGCCGACCCCAGCGAGUUCAGGUCCGUCGUGCAGCGCCUCACCGGGGCGCGCCGCACCCACACGGAGGCGUCCUCCUCCUCCUCCGUCGUCCCGGCGGCGCCGCAUCAGAUUAGCCGUCAGAUGCCGUUCUUCGGCGUCGGCCACCACGCCCCGUCGUCGUCCUCUGAACUGAUGAUGCUCCCGCCGCCGCCGCCGCACUUCCCGUUCCAGCUGCAGGAGGAAACAGCAGGCGGGGCGCACGAGAUGACGACGACCCAGCCAGCGCUCUCGCCCGCGGCACGCCUCGCCGCCAUUGAGCAGGCCAGCUCCGGCCUGCUGCCGCCAUUUCCGAGCAUCCUGUCGCCAGGGCCGCUCCCGGCGAUCCAGCCGAGCUUCUUCUCCCCGCCGGCCGGAGCCGGUAAUAACUCGUUGGGCAUCAAUCUGUUCGGCGAGCUGAUCAGCCCGGCGGCGGCAUUUCUUGGUGCAGCCAGCGGCAGCAUCAGCACCGUCGCCGGUGCAAUCGGUCAAAAUCCAAGUUUAUUACAACGAGAAGCGUCGCCGUCGGCUGCUGGUGCCUACUACUAUUGGGGGGAUCUCUUCAACAACCAGCAGUAUCACCACCAGAACCAGUAGUAGCUUCGGCUUCCCUUAUAAAUGCAAAUGAGAACGAAGUGGUCGUUCUUUCUUGGACUGAUAGAUGGCAAGGCAUUCAUGCAUGCAUGCAUCAGCUGAUGAGACCAUGCAUGAUCGAGCGAGUCAUGGGUGGCCUGUGGACUAGCAGCUACUGGAUUGACAGUUAGUUUAUUUCCUUUUUGCCAUUAUUUUUAUGAGAUGAGAUACAUUUAUAUGCUGUAGGGAGUAACAAACAUGUAGCUGCUGUAGUUAACUAUGUAGUAGGCAGUAGC